GAUGUCAACAAUCAACGUAAACAAAACCACAUGGCUCGGUUUUUCAAUAAAAUAAGGAAAGUUAUAAACUAAAUAGAUUAAAUCAUAUUAAUAUAUUAUUAAAAAACGAAUACAAAAUGCCAAAAGUUAAAGCUGAAAAGAAGACUCGCAUACACAAUGAAGUACAGAAACAGGGUAUUGUCUUCAACAAGGAUUUCGGCCAGCAUAUUCUAAAAAAUCCCCUGGUUAUUACCAGUAUGCUGGAAAAGGCUGCCCUCAGGCCAACAGACAUCGUUUUGGAAAUUGGUCCCGGUACGGGUAACAUGACUGUUCGAAUGUUGGAGCGUUGUAAAAAAGUGGUGGCCUGUGAAAUUGAUACUCGACUGGCUGCAGAAUUGCAAAAACGUAUCCAAGGCACACCGUUACAACCCAAGCUGCAAAUGUUAAUUGGCGAUUUCUUGAAAGCUGAACUACCUUUCUUUGAUUUGUGCAUUGCCAACGUGCCGUAUCAAAUAAGUUCACCGCUAAUUUUUAAACUUUUGCUUCAUCGCCCCUUGUUUCGUUGUGCCGUCUUAAUGUUUCAGCGGGAGUUUGCCCAGCGUUUGGUGGCCAAACCUGGCGAUAAAUUGUAUUGCCGUCUGAGCAUAAAUACUCAGCUUUUGGCCAGGGUCGAUAUGUUAAUGAAAGUGGGUAAGAAUAACUUUAAGCCACCACCAAAGGUUGAGUCCAGUGUGGUACGUUUGGAGCCGAAAAAUCCUCCACCGCCAGUCAAUUUCACAGAAUGGGAUGGUUUGACGCGUAUUGCCUUUUUGCGUAAAAACAAAACUCUGGCAGCGGCCUUUAAAACGAAUUCGGUCAUGGAAAUGUUGGAGAAGAAUUAUAAAUUGCAUUUAUCGCUAAACAACAUGCCCAUUGAAGAAAAUCUAAAUAUGCAAGAGAAAGUAAUUGGCAUACUAACAAAAUUGAAUAUGGAUAAUUUCCGUGCUCGCUCAAUGGAUUUGGAUGAUUUUAUGCGGCUUUUAUUGGCCUUCAAUUCCGAGGGCAUACAUUUCAAUUGAGCCUCCGCCCACCAUACCAUUGAUAUUUUUUCGAUAUGUAAGAAGAAAUACAUAGCUGCCUACUUUUUAAGAAAAUUAGAAUAGUAAAAUUAUUUUUUAUAAAAUAAAUAUA